GCCAAUAACAAGCGUCUCCACGUGAUGACGUUGCCUGACGCGUCACCACGGUGUUUUGACUUUGAGCGCGUGUCUUGUCCAGGUAGUUUGAAGAUGGAACCCGACCCCGGUGUCAGCUCCGUGAGCAUGUUUGAGGACGAGUCGGUGGAUGUUCGCUACAUGAACGGAUCCCAGUUACAAGUGUCCCCGUGCGGCGGCGAGUUCCUGCUGGUGAAAGCCUCAGACCCCUCCCGGCAUCCUCUGCAGCCCAGAGAGAGGGUCCGCCAGAGGACCAGGUUCACCAUCAGCACAUACAAGGAGUUGAUGACAGCUGCACUGGCGUUUAGGAAUAAAUAUGCAAGUCGACCAUACCUGCCACAGGAACUCGUCCCUGCUGAACACAAGACGCCUUUCAGCAUUGACUCAGAUGUGAUGUGGCCUGAGCUCUCCUCCUGUGAAGCUGAGCUCGGGCCUGGAGGUGAAACCAUCAUCAGGUCUCAGGAGGGACGAGCUGCACUGAUGCUGUCGCCCUCAGGAGAAGAAUUCUCUGUCGAGUUCCAGUGCAGACUCAGCCAGUUUCAGAAUCAUCAGCACAGUGCGGAGAGUUUCAGCAGGGAUGUGGAUCGCAGGGCGGUCAGUGAGCAGCAUCCAGGGGAGAAGUACCAAUCAACCACAGUGGUCCAGCAUCACUCCUGCUUUGCUUAUGCCCCCAUGUGGUGCUACCCUCUCUCCUUAGCUCUCCACCACUGGACGACGCGUGUCUCUCAACCUACAGAAGUUAUAGCGGUUGGCGCCAGCGAUUCUGCCCAAGCAGAGAGGAAAUUAAAUAUGUCUGACAUAUCUAGUGAAGAGAGAAGGUCUUGUCUACCUCAGGCCCUGGCUCUCACAUGUCCGUCCCCUCACAGACACAGGUGGAAGAGUAAAGAUGAAGACCAUCCAGCAGAGCUGAUGAAAGUGAUGUGGUGUCAGGGAGUCACCUACAGGAUACUGAGUGGAGCUGUCUCAGUCAUAGAGGUUUCUCCAGGAGAUGGAUCAGUGAUCCGUUCUAACGGUGUCCUCAACACUUAUUUUACCCAUCACCGCCCUGAGCUCCAGUCAGGGCAGGUGAAAGAGAUAUCAUACCAUCUGAAUAACCUUCCACCAGAUGUAGUGGGACAGGCCUACUCCAUAUGCUCCAUUGUAAAUCGUGCAAGCAGGAUCCUCACUUGCUAUGACCAGGCCAAACAAUCCCUGACGCUCCCUGCUGCACCCAGCUGCUUGCAAGGGGCCAUAGAGGGGAAACAUUUUUCUAAACCUGCAGUGCUUGAAGGAAAUCUUGCACCUGUUGAGCAUCACAUGAAUGUUACAGAGAGAGAAGAAAACCUGUCGGAUCUUGUAGCUGCCGAAGUGGAGAAGAUAAAGCGGUUCAACUUUCUUCUGGAGAAUAGCCACCUGCAAAGAAGUGAGAAAGCAUGUGUGGAGCAGCACCGUCCUCCUGCAGAGGAGGAGACUCAUGAACCAGUGAGUGAGAGCUCCAUUGCUGAAGCUCUUCAGAGGACAUCCAGAGCCAUACAGGAGAUUGAUGCUCUCGUGUCUGCAACCACACUGACAUGACGGAGUGAGCAGAAACCCCUUCGUCUGAGCUUCAUUGGGAAGAUAACCAGUUCCAAUGACAUGGGGCCUCGUGAGCGAGAUCCAUCUUCUUUGUGGCAGUUACUGUUCCUGAGGACUGGUGACGUCAUGGGUGACGUCAGAGCUCUCGCAUUGAAAAUUAUUAUCUAUCCACACUAUCUGCUCUUCAUCAUAUACAUAAAUUAGGAUUUACACACUUGAAUUCGAAAAAAUACUUGCUAAUAUUUGUGAUAAAUACUGUGGACAGACUGUCUGUGUCUGUCUUCACAUAGUGAGUGUAUUGUGAGUUGAUUAUAAACUCCAACAGAGAGAGCUAGUGCAACCAAUAAUGUUUAUCUCCAAAAGUUUUAACAUUGGUCUUUCUGUGCUCUGUCAGCUACAAAUAAAAACAUUGCUCACUUCAGACUUAACAUUGUGUUGCAGCUGCUGCAUGGAUGUUGACAGUUUUGGCAAAGUGCUGAUUCCAUUUAAUGUGGGGAGAGUAUGUAAAAUAAAGUCACCUGUCAGAAUGUUUGGUAAACACUUGAAAAUGAAAAUGUUGUGAUAUAUAAGGAUAAUGCAGUGUUAUGCCUUUUAACAGUCACAUGAGAAUAUUGUUGUUGUGUGUGCUGAUAUUUUUUUAUAUUGUCUAUGGUUAAUCUCUUUGUUUAAAUCACCUGACCAAACUAUUAAACUGAUAUGUUGUGCAUGGUUUGUCCAUUGUUGAUGCCAAUGCUUUUUUAAUUAA